AUGGAGGAGAUCGACUUUACUCCCAACGCCAGAGUCAGAUACCUGGGUGAAACCCGUGGCAUGUGCCCAGAGCAGCACUCUGCUCUGGAGUUUGUCGCCGAAACGAUUGUGCAGGUUGCCCGAGAAGCUGCGAAUGGUGGCAUACCCUAUCUGGAAGGUCCAUUCGCGGCGAGAUCAUUCGUCAACAGAUAUCGCCUUCAAGCUGGCAUGGAUCGUAUUACAGGCCAUAUCACUGACAAUUCGUCGGUCAACUCGAUGCCAAAGAAAUAUUUGGCAAACGGGGUCUCCGCCGGUGAGCAGGGCCAAGGCUCUAGAAAUGAGGCCUCAUCUCAUCAACGUACCAGUAGAGGGUCCAGAACUCAUAGCUCGGAUGAUCAAAGCGCAUCCGACCACCCUAGGGGUGAAGGAAUGAGAAUCCGCGGGAUAGCCAACGAAUUUUCAUUUGGCCAUGAGAGAGACGUGAACUCGUUCUCCACCAAGCCAGGGUGUUCCUCGCCAACUCUCAGUAGCUAUGAAGAAGAACCUAGAUGGGAAGAGUCUUAUAUCGCUCAUCAUUCCUCUCCCCCGAUGAGGCAGCUCCAGGUUCCGGAAACAUACAUGAGCGACGAGCGCCCCGUCAAUAGGAAGGGAAAGAAGGACCGCCUUUCCCAUGGUAGCAAGCGUGUUGCUGUUAUUCCGCAUUGUUGCAGGUGCUUGGAAGAAUUUCCCGAUAAGGACACGAUGCACAGGCAUGUCCGUAAUGGGGUCUGUCGACAAGCAGAGUAUAACAGGAAUCGUCGUUACUAG